AUGGCCUUGAGCCUGGGGAAUUCCCAAGCCUGGACCUUCCGGGAUGUUGCUCAACCACAAUCACGGUCUCAACCACAAGCUUCCGCACCGUCAGCCCCAGCCUCUCAUCUUGAAGCGCGCGAAGGCCCCGGUCCCGCGCAAUGGCAGGCGGUGAAGGAAGAGAUCAGGAUCCUCUACGAGAAGAAGCCGUUGAAGGAUGUCAGGAAGAUUUUGGAGCAACGAAGGGGUUUCCGCGCAACCGAGCGGAUGUAUAAAGCCCGUCUGGCCCAGUGGGGGUUCAGCAAAAACUACUCUGACCGUGACUAUCAAAUAUGUGCGGUUCUGCACCACAUCCGUCUAAACAGUGGCAAGCAGGCCACCACCUUUGAGAUCCAUGGCCACAAACGGUCUCUCAAGGACCUGCACAAGUAUAUCAAAGGCCGGAAAAUGUCCGAGGAUGAUUUCCUGGCAACGGCACUGAAAAACGUUCACUGUAGAAGCCAGGAAGAACAGGAGCAAGACCAGCAAUAUGCUCAUGUGCGAUCAUUUACACCAGAGGCAGACGUUGAAAGCGAGGCGCCAGGCUCCUUCGCCCCAGCGAAAAGCACUCCCGGCACUCUGGGGGAGAUUGCAGCAAGCUCUGCCAAGUCCUCGCCCACACGCGCUGAACCUGUUUCAGGCUCGUGUUCCACUUCCACCCACCGCGGAUCUCCAACUUCACAAAGACUAUCACCCCACGAGAGGCCAUCCGCCGUCUAUUGGCCUUCACUUGCGACACAGUUGACACCAUCCACGUACCAAAGUCCCGCUACUCAAUCUCCCCCGUCGAGGGAUAAUGGCUCAAUCACGUGGCCUCAGACCGACCAUCACCAAUUCGAUUCCUCACCACCCCAGGCAUCAUCUUAUGCAUCUGCCAAUCCGCCUUUGGGAGCCUUGGAUGAUCAUAUUCGCUAUGCCGGGUCUAUGCACAACACUCAUAGCCCCGCCAUGCCGUGUCAGCACCUGGGGAGAAAUGUCGAAAUUAUGGCGUUGCAAAUCGUGGACGCACCGCCACUGAGGUCUAUAUGUGGUCAUGAUGACAUUCCGGCAUGGAGACUCAUCUGCGAUACGUCUUCUCCGGAAAGCAGCGAUUUCGAACAGAUUUGCCCACAGUGUAACAAAUAUACCAACGAUCACUUCAUCAGUCUUCCAAAUUUAGAACUGCCCCAGCAGUCUCGCAGUAUAUUGAACGAGACCUCGGAAGUGGCAGAGAACACAAUCCAAGUGCCUGGUUCUUCGCGCGGUCAUGAGCAUUCCUGGAAGUGGGUGGCCCGAUCUUUUUCGGCAUGCAUUUAUCUCAAUCGAGGCAAUGAUAUGUUAUCUCAGAAAAGCCUGGCUGACGCCGACGCUGAGUUCGAGCAAAUGCUCACCCCACACCAAGAUCCGAAAGUUAUUCUUGCGCUACAUCAGACACUUUCAAUCUUGCAUAUGCACGACGAAGGUGAAAUUACCAGACGAAUCAUUAAGUCGGCGUACAUUGUCACUGAGCGAGUGCUUGGCCAUAAUGAUCCCCUGACCACUCUUGUUCGGUGGAUGGUAUUAGUGGCAGACCUGGAAGUGAAGCAUGGGGAAAUACCCAGCCAGACGUUGUUCAGCGUGCACAAUCAUUUCCUUAGACUCCAUGGCCGCAACGACCCACGAUCCAUUGCAUCCUUGUAUUGCUAUGGCUACAUGCUGAACGUAGAGCGAAAGCUCGAAGAAUGUGAAUAUAUCCUGAGGGAAGUCUAUGAACUGUCGGCCUCUGUCUUAGGUCCGCAGCAUCUACAAUCUAUCUCGGCAUUGACGAACCUCAGCCGGUGUCUGGAACGACAAGGGCGAAUCAACGAGUCCAUUGAUAUGUGGCGGCGAGUUCUCCAAGAUUCCAGAGAUACACUAGGCGCCAGCCAUCCUAGGCGGCUAGAAAGUAUGAGGCUGUUGGCACUUUUGUACCAGAAACAGGGAAGGACAGACCUGACGGAGGAAAUGUACUGGUUUAUCCUCGAGGGAAGGAUGAAAAUGCUUGGAAGGAAUCACAGCUACACGCUGGGCGCAAAACGAGACCUGCAGAAUCUUCUAAAAGAGCUUGGAAAGUGGGGUAUCGACAACCCGGAAGAUGAUCUCGAACAUGGACCCGGCGAAGUCGAUGAAAAAGACAAAGGCAAGACCAAGUCUCAAGCAGCAGAUGACAUGGACCUAUAUCGAUUCGAAACACCGGAACAACUGCGUCUGCAAGAUCUUUGGGAUUGGAAUCCGAACGAGAGAUGG